CCUCCCCGUCGGAGGCCACGCGCCCGCCCCCCCCCCCCCGCUAGCGCCCUCGCCCCGAGGGCCGCUUCCAGGCGAUCCCCGUGGGGAAGGCCGGCCUUUCCAGCCAGACCUUGCCCUGCGCCCGAGCCUCAGCGCCCCCACCCCCACCCCCCGGCACGCACGGCACACACCUGUAAACACGCAGGUGCCCCGUCCCCUUGGGGGGCCCGAGAUGCGGCUCUCCGGCCUCGGCCCCCGCCGCGCCCGCCGGGCCUCCCCCGCGCCCCCCUCGCCCGCCCCGUCCCCCGAUGCGGGGCAGGGGCGCCGCUAAUCGCCCCCCUCCGCCGCCGACCCCCCCAGCCGAGCAGCGCCGCCGCCGCCGCCGCCGGAGGACGCCCCCCACCAUGUUCAAGUACCGGAUCCGCAUGUUCUUCAACGAGCUGAAGCUGCUGGUGCUGAUGCGCCGCGGCCGCCCGGAGCCCGAGGCCGGAGCCGGGGGCAGCCGGGGCCCGCUGGGCAGCUGCGGGUGGCCCGACUGCGCGGUCCCGCAGGACGACGAGGCGGAGUACUAUGGCGGGGGAGGCGCCGAGACGCGGCCGCGGAGCCUGGCCCUGGAGGAGAAGGACCCCCGGCCUCAGCCCCCCGGGGGGCAGCAGCAGCAGCAGCCGCCGCAGGCGCAGCAGGCCGGGGCCGGCGGCGCCUUGGACGCGGUGUCGCUCACCAGCAGCCUGGACAGUGGCAUGAGGACGCCGCAGUGCCGGAUUUGCUUCCAGGGACCGGAGCAGGGGGAGCUGUUAAGCCCGUGUCGCUGUGCCGGGUCUGUCCGCUGCACCCACCAGCCUUGCCUGAUUCGUUGGAUAAGCGAAAGAGGCUCCUGGAGCUGCGAGCUGUGCUACUUCAAAUACCAGGUCUUAGCCAUCAGCACAAAGAAUCCCUUGCAGUGGCAAGCGAUUUCCCUGACUGUGAUAGAAAAGGUGCAGAUCGCAGCCAUCAUACUGGGUUCCCUCUUCCUCAUCGCCAGCAUCUCGUGGCUCAUCUGGUCGUCCCUCAGCCCCUCGGCCAAGUGGCAGCGGCAGGACCUGCUCUUCCAGAUCUGCUACGGCAUGUACGGCUUCAUGGACAUUGUCUGCAUAGGUCUGAUUAUCCACGAGGGCUCUUCGGUGUAUCGAAUAUUCAAGCGCUGGCAGGCGGUGAACCAGCAGUGGAAGGUACUGAACUAUGACAAGGCCAAGGACCUGGGAGAGCCACUUGGUGGGAGCACAAAGCCCGGAGGGCGGAAUUCACGGACGAACCCCUCCUCGGGGAGCGAGAGGACCUCCCAGCGGGGCCAGCGGGUUAGGACUAUUUUGAACCAUCACUGUGGCUAUACGAUUCUGCACAUUCUCAGCCACCUGCGGCCUAACGAACAUCGCGGAGGCUCCAGUUCCGGCCGCGAGGUUGUCAUGAGGGUGACGACUGUAUAAUAACAGCCUUCGGAGCCUUUGCCGAGAGGGAGAGGUUCCGCGGUUCCCAUGGAAGGAAGAAGCCGACGCCGUCACUUGCUCCAUUCUGAGCCCCUAUGGGAUAGGCCGCAUGUUGUACACUGUCGGGAGGCACCUGGUUCUGUAGUUUUGCUACGGACCCCACCCACCUCUUCCUCAUAGCGUUGGGGGGGGGGAGUGCCUCAGCUUGGUUGCACCUUCCUGCCCUCCCAUCAAUGUGAAUUUUUUCUCUUUCUGGGCCUGUAGUGAGAGGAGAGACACUCCUUCCUCCUCCACCCAGCUUCCCUUGUAAAACUAAGAUCCUUGGUAGUGUGUGUGUGGGAGGGGGUUAUUUAUUUAAUUUUUUAAAAACAACAACAACAACAACCCCUACCUGGUUUCUUCUUGACGAGUCUUGGCGCCAACCAAUCCGGAAAUUUGAAAACAUUUUUACCUCAUCUUUCAAAGGAAGUCCUGCCAGAUGAUCCUGUUUCCACCUCAUCCCACUGGUUUCUCAGCCUAGGAGACACCGACCAGAGAGGUUCCGAACUUGACCCAUUCCUCUCCCCCCCAAAAAAUGGUGCAAUAAACCUGUUUCUUAAAGCAAAA